AUGACAAGGGCUACCAUGGCCAAGUUGCGAAAUCGAGUCACAGCAAUUUGCCGCUGCGAGAGAAAUGAUCUGAAGGAGGGUCAUCUGCCAAGUCAUUGCAUUCGUCAGCCAGAAUGGCCGAGACAGGCAGGGCUUGCUGGCCGUUUAAGUGGGAAUGUACAAAUCCAACUUGUGUCCGGUGCCGUGAAAAAGGAAUGGGUGAGGUCUGUUGAAGGGGCUACAAACGGUCUUGAAGUGGAUGACAUUAUUUUCACAAAGCAUACUUUGGCAUGGAAACUCAAUCUGGCCGCCCUUGAAAGAGGGCGAAUUGGAAAAAGUGCAGUUGCCGACAUUAAGCGACGUCAAGGGGUGCUUGCUUCACAUACAAACUGA